AUGGAGGCGAAGGCGCUCCCCCUCACGCACUUCCGCGCGCGGGCGGGCUCGCCGCUCCUCCUCUCCGCGGACGCCAGCUCCGCCGCGCGCAAGGGCUCCGGCGCGCCAGGGAGGAGCAUGGCCUCGAGGUACGACGCGGGAGCGCCUCCGAGCAGAGCAGGUACAGUGGCGGAGCCGAUGUUGCAGCUUAAUUUUGCGGUUUGUUUGGUCGGGAUGAAUGGAGUUCCAAAGCUUAAUCCCAAAUUCUCCACCAAAAGAGCAGGGACAAGUAAGGUUCCAAUUAUUAAUUUCGAGGUUUCUCAUCACAGAGCAGUUGCAGCGGUGAGGUUGCUAAGAGCUGAUAAGGGGAAGGCGUUUGUUGAUCUUUUAAAUGAGAAAGCAAACGAUUCUGGGGAAAAUGAGAUGGGCUAUGUAGAGAGGACGUUAGGGUUCAGUACACGGCAUUUGGAUGACAGGGAUAUACGAUUGGUUACUGUCAUAGUAGCUGGAACUGUACGUUGGAAACGCUACAUUGAUUAUCUUAUCAUGUCACUCUGUAGUGAAGAGAAGGUGUUCAGCAAUAUGGAACCGCUGCUGCUGCAGAUAUUGCGAAUUGGCUUCUUUGAAAUUCUCAAACUUAAUGUACCAGCUUAUGCUGUCGUUGAUGAGAAUGUAAGGCUCGCGAAAGUAGCUUUAAGGCCCGGUGCUGGGAACAUGGUGAAUGCGAUUCUGCGUAAACUUCUGUUACUGAAGGAGACAGAUUCUCUUCCUCUUCCAAAGAUAGAAGGUGAUGAUCGUGCCCAAGCUCGUGCUCUUUCCAUAAUUUAUUCUCAUCCUGUUUGGAUGGUGAGAAGGUGGAUUCGAUUUCUUGGAAAAGAUGAAGCUCUAAAAUUGAUGAAUUGGAAUAACAGUGACCCUUAUUUCAGUUUAAGGGUGAAUACAACAAAUGGCUAUACAAGGGAUGAUCUUGUUAACCGAUUGGAAGAUUUGCAGGUUCACUAUGAAAAGUCAAUUAUGGACGAAUUUGUUCGCAUUCGUGAGGGCAUGCAGGCAGUCUUACAAGCUGGAUUACUGAAAGAAGGCAUGUGUGCCGUGCAGGAUGAGAGUGCAGGUUUUGUUGUGUCUGUCGUCGAUCCACAACCUGGGGAAACAAUCAUGGAUUGUUGCGCUGCACCUGGCGGGAAGACUUUCUUCAUGGCAUCCCGGCUGGCAGGACAAGGGAAGGUAUCGGCUCUUGACAUAAACAAAGGCCGCUUGCGAAUUCUCAUGGAGGCAGCAAAAUGCCACAAUCUUGAUGAUAUAAUCACUGAUAUCCAUGGUGAUCUUCGACUAUAUGCUAAGGAAAGCACUGCCACAUAUGAUAAGGUAUUGUUGGAUGCUCCAUGCUCUGGGCUGGGAGUCCUUUCCAAGAGGGCAGACUUGCGUUGGAAUCGGCAAUUUGAAGAUCUGGAGGAGUUGGUGUGUUUGCAAGAUGAGCUCCUUGAUUCGGCGUCGUUGUUGGUAAAACCUGGUGGUAUACUAAUAUACAGUACAUGUUCCAUUGACCAUGAAGAAAAUGAGAACCGGGUUACUGCUUUUGUUCAGAGGCAUCCGGAGUUUACCCCACAGGGUGUACAAGGAUUUGUUCCUGCAGAAUUCAUCACAGAUGAUGGUUUCUAUUCCUCAAGUCCAACUAAGCACUCUCUGGAUGGGGCAUUUGCUGCUCGUCUUGUCCGGUCAAUGCACUAG